AUCCGCCAUCCUCAUCUCAUUAAUUCGUCUCUAUCUCUGCUUUCUCCCUCUCCUUCACUUAUCGUUCCUUUUUACCUUGAUCCAUUUUAUCCUUCUCUCUGACCUACCAACAUUAUACCCUUUUCCUUUCGCUCUUUUACUUAGCUGGCGGCCAUGAGCUCCCAGCGCUACGAGCGGAUCUCUGCUCACGAUGAAGAUGAUACCCAUAUGACUGCAGAGAAUUACAAUCAACAACAUCAUAUACCGAAUUCGCCUCCUCCCUCCUUCCACUCGCGGGCCUCGUCACCCGCGUCUCAGCGAUUCCUGUCGAACCGUGAUCCUCUUGCGUCUGAUGAAGACAGGACUCUUGCGGAAGCUUUUGGGGAGGAUGAUUCCGAUAGCGAAAAUGAAGAUCAUCAUGACGAUAGACAGCGCCUGAUGCGUAAUUCCCGCACUCAAUCCCCGACGCGAGAGCUUAAUAGCAGCCACGAUCAUGAUGAUGAUGUUCGCCCUGGUGUUGAGCGGAGAGUGACUGAGCUGCCGGUCUUUUCCGCACCAACCCAAACAAGCAGCACUCGUGGACGGGUAUACGGUGGCGGACAGAAUACUAAUGAUGGUGUGUUUGCGAAUUUGAACGCAAAGCCUGAGCGAGGCGAAAAAUUGGAGGAACAUCCACCGACCUACGAGCAAGCCGCCGCAGAUGCUACACCGCCCUACUGGGAGACGACCAUUCUUGCUCCUGGAAUGGUCUCGGACGAAGUCUUCGUUGACGGUCUCCCUGUUGGCUCCGUCUUUUCGUUUGUCUGGAAUGGCAUGAUAUCUAUGUCCUUCCAGCUAGUCGGUUUCUUGCUUACAUACCUCCUACACACCACGCAUGCGGCAAAGAACGGUAGUAAAGCUGGACUCGGUAUUACUCUUAUUCAAUACGGUUUCUAUAUGAAAGGAAACGGGGCCAAAGACGGCUCCGGUGCCUCCGAUCCCCAGUACAGCCCACCCUCCGACCCCAACAGCCACGAUUUUGAUCCGUCUGGUGCAUCGGAUGGCCCUGGUGGUGGCGCACCCAAGGACGGAAUUUCCGGCAUUACUACGAGCGACUGGCUUGCCUAUGUAUUUAUGAUAGUUGGGUGGUUUGUACUCAUUCGAUCUGUGAGCGAGUAUCUACGCGCACGCCGCCAUGAGAAGCUCGUGCUGCAGAGUCCAGACCGUGGACUUGGCGUUGCCGUUGUCGCUGAGGGCGAGCGGCCCGAAGCAGUUGUUUGAGAGCGCAGCGCAAGUGUUUUCUCUGGAAUUUUGCUUUAGAAUUAAGAAAAGGGAUUCAACGAAAGAUCGACAAGUUUUCAUGCGAUACCAACUAUCAACCCGUUUAGGCGCACUCAUGCAACUACUCAAUCAGUUAAUUUUCAAAUGAUACCAACAAAGGCACACGCGCAAUUACCUCUGGUUAUUUUAUAUGGCACUGUUUACCGACAAUAUCAAAAAUAUGGACAAUCAACAUUACACGACGGAGAGAUUUGGCAAAGCACAGCGAAGCAAACUUAAUGGGAAGGGCAAAGGCGUAGCGUGGCAUGGCGCAGCGUGGUUACAAAUGCAAGCUCCCAAUUGCAUUGGACGGGAGUCGGACUGGCGGCAGUGCUCACCACUCGGGAGUGUAGCAUCUUAUGGCGUGGCGCAG